UUUCACUGGCCUCUUCUGGCCCUGAAGAGGCUCAGCAGGUCGUGUUGGAAGACCUUCUGCCUUUUGGUUGAGAAAAAGGACAACAUUUUUAUGAUGUUGAGUAUUGUCCGAGCCAGGAGCAAUUAAUAGUAACUGCAUUUGAACUUGUGCAUAAUGCAAGUGUGACUUCAACUGCUUGACGAAGCCAGACUCCACGGGUGCACUGGCAGAGCCCCUUGUAGGAGCCAGACUGUAUCCUGUUGCUCAUUUUCAGCUGAAGCUGCAUUUAUCUUCCCUUUAAUAGCAGUUUGCUUCAACAUGCAGUUUAAGUAAAAAUUACAGGAACAUGUGUUUAUACUUGUAGUUCGAGUCAAAAUGGAUUAAUUUCUCCAUAAUGGCUAUUUACUCCAUGUCAUAAAAAAUGGUAUUGUUUGCUGUGGUAGUGGAUCUUACAUUUUUCAAAGCCAGCCUUCAUUCUAUUAAGUAAUUCCUAUCAUACUUUCCUUAGGGAAAGCAUCUAUACACUAAAGAGAUAUAGAUGUGAAGGAAUAGCCUUACCAGAUGCAACACAGUAAAUUUCUAGUGGAACUAAAAAAUGGAGAUUUCCAGGUCCUCCUGGCUCUAGAAUUAUGAAUCAUAGUCUGUCAUGAUGCUGUGUAACGCUGAAGCUUUGCCAGGAGAUUGUUAGGGCUGCGUUUACCGAGUUGUGCAGUAUAAGUUGGAAGCUGGAGAGGACAGAGUUGUGCUACCCAUAAUUGUAAAAUACAUUGGGCAUCCUCCGUUAAAAUAUUUGAUGGGAGCCAGACUUCACAGUUUUUAUGGAUGUCUGUAAGCAUGAUGGAUAGCUUUUAUAUUUUAGUGGUAACUGUGGUGAUGAGAGGGAGAUUUGCUUAUGGCAUUAACAGGGUUUCUAGUUUUGUUCUGGAUGACAACUUCUAAAGCUACGCUGUGAGAGUUGAGAUGUCUCUAAGUGACUAGCUCAGUGAAGGGCUCGCAUGUCAGGGGAAAACCCACAAACUUGCAAGGUGUGUGUGGAGACUUGAACACUGCUGGUUUUUCUUGCUGAGAACCGAGAUCUUCUGAGGUGGUAGGUUGGGUCUCCAGAGGAAUAAUGUUGCCAACAUGUCUGUGCAGUCACUGCUUUGUGAAAGAAUUGCUGUUGCCAAAGAAUUGAUCAAGAGAGCGGAAGCCCUUUCCAAGUCCCAGAAAAGGAAAAUAGAAGGCGGGGCAAAACUAUGUGGGAAACUGAAGGCUGAGCUAAACUUCUUACACAAGGUGGAGGCAGGGAAGGUGGCCAUUAAAGAAUCCCAUCUGCAAAGUACAAACCUUACCCAUCUCCAAGCUAUUAUUCAGUCAGCAGAGAACCUGGAGGAUGUUGUCAGUGUCCUCCGUGUCUUUGCUUAUGAGGACAGGUUUGGAGACAAGCAGACGCUGGUGGUGGACGUUGUUGCAAACGGAGGUCACACGUGGGUGAAGGCCAUCGGCCGGAAGGCUGAGGCCCUGCAUAACAUCUGGCUGGGGAGAGGCCAGUAUGGUGACAAAAGCGUCAUUGAGCAGGCAGAGGACUUCCUGCAAGCCAGCCGUCAGCAGCCAGUGGAGUACAGCAACCCCCACAUCAUCUUUGCGUUCUACAACAGCGUGUCCAGUCCUAUGGCAGAGAGGCUCAAGGAGAUGGGAAUAUCUGUGCGAGGAGACAUCGUGGCUGUGAACUCGCUGGCGGAGCCAUCUACCGAGACCCAUCGCCUUAGUGCCAGUGAAUCAGAUGAAGAAGGCCUUGAACUCCUGCAGGUGACCAGAGUUGACCGGGAGAAUUUAGUGGCCAGCAUUGCUUUUCCUACCCAGAUCAAAGUUAACGUGUGCAAUAGAGUUAACCUGGACAUCACUACCUUGAUAACUUACGUCUCUGCUCUGAGCUACGGUGGCUGCCACUUCAUCUUCAAAGAAAAAGUGCUAACAGAGCAAGCAGCUCAGGAAAGGAGGGAGAGAGUCCUGCCUCAGCUGGAGGAGUUCAUGGAGGGGAAGGAGCUUUUUGCCUGUCAAUCUGCUGUGAGAGAUUUUCAGUCCAUCUUGGAAACGCUGGGAGGACCUGGAGAGAAAGAGCGAGCUGCGUUACUUGUUCAAAGAAUUCAUGUGGUGCCAGAUCAGCCGUCUGACCGUGCCUUAAGACUAGUGGCUAGUUCAAAAAUCAACAGCCGUUCUCUUACCAUUUUUGGGACAGGGGACACUUUAAAAGCCGUCACCAUGACUGCAAAUAGUGGUUUUGUGAGGGCAGCAGCUAACCAAGGUGUCAAGUUCAGUGUUUUUGUUCAUCAGCCACGAGCAUUGACAGAAAGCAAAGAAUCUGUUGCCACACCUUUACCAAAGAGCUGCCCACCCGAUGGACUAUGAGUCAGUAAAUGAGUUAGUCACUGAAAUAGUGCAGGUGCUGCAGUGGAGGCAUUUGGAGAAAUGAGUCGUCAUAACACAUUUUUGGGUGUGUAUCAGUGAAAAUGGUAACUGUAGCAGUGAAAGGAUUCCUCAAGGAAUUUGCAAUAUCUUUACUUAGUUCUUGCUUUUGUUGUUCAGCUGACUGUUAAUUUAUUCACUAAGGUAAUAAGAUUUCGGUGAUAAUUAACUGUCAUACAGUAUAUUAAUUGUAUCUAUCCCUAUUAAAAAGUUCACUUAAAGCA